AUGGACCAGAAGACUCUGAAGAAACUGGUGGAAUCCAUCAGUAAUACCGUCAAGAACUUCAAAAAAAGUGAAGUAGAGUGUCUCCUAAGACUUUUUCACAGCUUGGUGGAAAGAGCUAAUGUAAGACUUAAUAAUUCUGGACUAGAUCGUAAUGCUUUUCGAGCGAUCCUGCACAGCAUAUUUGGAAUGACUGAUGAUAUGCUAAUGAAUAGGGUAUUUUUUGCAUUUGACAAAGACAAUGAUAACUGCAUAAAUGCGAAAGAGUGGGUUAAAGGAUUAUCAGUGUUUCUUCGAGGGACUUUUGAAGAAAAGCUUAAGUUCUGUUUUGAAGUUUACUAUUUGAAUGGUGACGGUUACAUUUCUCGAGAAGAGAUAUUUGACAUGUUGAAGAACAGUCUAUGCCAACAGUCAUCUGAAGAAGAGAGUGAUGAAGGAAUAAAAGAAUUGGUAGAUAUAACACUGAAGAAAAUGGAUUAUGACAACGAUGGCAAAAUAUCUUCAGACUUUGAAAAAGGAGUAAAAGAAGAGAGACUUUUGUUGGAGGUGUUUGGACCAUGUUUACCAGAAGCAAAGCUGUGUUGUCCUCGGCAUAAAUCUGUCCACUGCCUCUGAAGAAGUAACAGCCUUCUGUGCACCAGGGCAAGC